CAAGUAAAAUACUCUUCGGGUCGUUCGUGUGGGUUAAUACAAUCGGUGAUCAAAAUAUGACUCUACAAAUUUACGGUGCUGCCAUCUUUAUGAUCGGAAUGACAUUCAUUUACGUAUCGUCACAGCAACAAAGAACGUUCCGCGUCGACCAUCAAAAUAACAAAUUUCUGUUAGACGGACAAGAUUUUCAAUAUGUCUCCGGUUCAUUUCAUUACUUUCGUGCCGUACCAGAAGCAUGGCCAGCACGUAUUAAGACUAUGAAACAGGCAGGACUCAAUGUAUUAGAUACAUACGUUGAAUGGGCUUUACAUAAUCCCCAGGACGGAGUAUACGAUUUCAGUGGAAUUGCCAAUUUAACUCAAUUUUUGGAUAUCGCUGCAGCUGCUGGAUUUUUAAUAAUCCUACGGCCUGGUCCUUACAUAUGCGCUGAACGAGAUAAUGGUGGUUUGCCGUAUUGGUUGUUCACUAAAUAUCCGAACAUGAAAAUUAGAACUGCAGAUGCCAAUUAUCUGAAAGAAGUGAAAAUUUGGUAUGCAAAUUUGAUGCCACGAUUGGUAUCGUACAUGUAUGAAAAUGGCGGACCGAUAAUCAUGGUGCAGGUAGAAAACGAGUAUUCGUCGUAUUACGCAUGUGAUAGGAAAUAUACGAAUUGGCUGGGCAAAGAGACUGAAAAAUAUGUCCAAGGCAAGGCCUUACUAUUUAGCGUUGAUAUUCCAACCACACCUGGUCAAAUGAAAUGUGGAACGGCAGAUGAUGUCUUCGCAACAAUUGAUUUUGGAAUUGAGGUAGGCGAAAACGAAAUGGAAAGCGUAUGGGCAAAGUUGCGCGAAAUACAACCGACUGGCCCACUCGUCAAUUCGGAAUUUUAUCCGGGUUGGCUGACCCACUGGCACGAUAAAAAUCAACGACGUGAUGGAGAACGAGGCGCAAAUGUGCUCAAGAAAAUGCUCGAAGCGGGAGCUAGUGUCAAUAUCUAUAUGUUCUUUGGAGGAACUAACUUCGGAUUUACAGCGGGUGCGAACGGACCACUGUCUGGAGGAUAUCAAGGAGAGUACUCUGCUGACAUAACAUCGUAUGACUAUGAUGCCGUUAUGGACGAGGCUGGCGAUCCAAAUGAGUAUGGGUCGAAGUAUCAAAAAUACCAGGCAGUAAUUACGCAAUUUUUCAACAUAACUCCCGAGCCGGUGCAAAGAGCACCAAAAAUGGUACUACCCUCUAUACACCUGAAUCCAAAAGGAUAUUUGAUUUCUGCAAAGGGAAAGAGCCAUCUGGGAAAAGAUGUAAACGGACAAAAGGCAACAGUGACAUCCACAUGUCCACUCUCAUUCGAAGCGUUGAACCAAUUUUCUGGAUUCGUUCUGUACGAAACAGUACUGCCGACUUUGGAAUUAGAUCCGACUGAGCUGGUAGUUGAUGAAUUACAUGAUCGUGCUCUAGUUUAUGUCGACCAAGAAUAUGUGGGAUGUUUAUCCCGCGAAAAUAAUGUCAGUUCGUUGUCACUACAUCCUGGUCUAGGCAGUAAAUUACAGAUUUUAGUUGAGAACCAGGGACGCAUCAAUUUUAAUGUUACGGACGACUUUAAAGGAAUCUUAGGCUCGGUAACAAUAUCGCAAAGAAGCGGAGUGCCGUUGCAUUUAUCUGGAUGGACAAUGACCGGGUUUCCGCUCUCCAAUUACACUCACAUCGACAGUUUCAUAAAGGAUGCAAAUGUAGAGAAUGUUCGCAUUAGCACGAACGGAAUGUUUGCGGAAGGACCAAUUUUAUUCCAUGCUAAAUUCCAAGUCACAACUGACGAAAUUUACGACACCUUUUUGGACGUCACCGGAUGGGGAAAAGGAAUUCUCUAUAUAAACGGCUUUAAUCUGGGAAGAUAUUGGCCACUGGUGGGCCCACAAAUAACAAUGUACGUUCCUGGAAAUAUCUUGAAGAGAGGAACAAACGAAAUUGUGAUGAUAGAAUUACAACGUCUGUCACCCAGAAACGAUAAUUACGUACGGUUUCUGAACAAAUCAAUAUUGGAUGGUUAAAUGGAUGGAAGUAUGGAGGAAGCAAAUGAAUCUACAAUGAGUUUAUUGUAGAAUGAUGUCCCGUUGUUUUUCCAUAUGAACGAACUUGUUGAAAAAUAGAAAAGUAAAACGCGGUCUAGC